AUGACCGUCGCUCCUUUCUUCUACUUACUCAGCUUACUUUCUCUCCUCCAGAGAGUCGGUUCGGCCAGUGUGCCCCUGGACAGAACAGGAUGGGAAGCUACUGCAGAUAGCUUCCAUGCUGGCAACGAGCCGGCAAAGGCCAUUGACGGCAAUGAGGGCACAUUCUGGCACUCCGAAUAUGCUCCUGAUAAUCCGCUUCCGAACACCAUCACAAUCGACAUGAAGGGCAACUAUAUUGUUAAUGGAGUCAGCAUUCAACCGAGACAGGAUGGGAGUGGAAAUGGGCGUAUCGGACAACACAUCAUUGAGACCAGCGUGGAUAACUCUAAUUGGAAUCGAGUCGCCGUCGGUGCCUAUGUCAACGAUGCGACGACGAAGAAGACAAGCUUCGUGGCGAGGCAGGCUCGGUAUGUACGUGUCACUGCGGUGACCGAGGCGCAAGGUGCGAAUAACCAUAGUGCAGCUGAAGUCAAUCUCAUCGACACUAUUGCUCCGGCUUACACUGCUCCCAAUCCGAGCAAAGGACUUUGGAUCAACACUGUCGAUUUCCCGAUUGUACCUGCCGCCGCUGCUGUGCUUCCCAAUGGAAAGAUACUACUCUGGAGUGCGUACAAACUCGACGAUUUUGGAGGCGGCAACGGAUUCACACAGACGGCUAUCUAUGAUCCCGCGACUGGCACCUCAACCCAACGAACCAUCUCAAAUACCCAACACGACAUGUUCUGCCCCGGUAUAUCGAUGGACUUCAAUGGCCGCAUUAUCGUCACCGGCGGAAAUAACGCCGAGAAAACCAGCAUCUACAACCCAGACACGGACGCCUGGAUCACAGCAGCCAACAUGCGAAUCCCUCGCGGUUACCAAUCCACGACCACCACCUGGGAUGGCAAGAUUUUCAAUAUCGGUGGCUCCUGGAGCGGCGGAAACGGCGGUAAGAAUGGCGAAAUCUACGACGUCUCUGCAAACACUUGGUCGUUGAUUCAGAACGCCCUCGUCUCUCCGAUGCUGACCAAUGACCGUGGAGGUGUCUACCGCGCCGACAAUCACGCCUGGCUCUUUGCGUGGAAGAACGGCUCCGUGUUCCAAGCCGGGCCGUCGAAAGCAAUGAAUUGGUACAACACCGUUGGCGCUGGAUCCACCACUGGUGCCGGAACCCGCGCUAACGAUGGCGACGCCAUGAACGGAAAUGCAAUCAUGUACGACGCUCCAGCGGGAAAGAUUCUAACGGCGGGAGGCGCGGCGAAUUACCAGACUGAUCAAGCGCGCAAUAACGCGUACGUCAUUACACUGAACAACCCAGGACAAACCCCAACCGUCACGCAAACAGCCCCCAUGGGUUUUGCGCGCGGCUUCGCCAAUGGGGUUGUCUUGCCAGACGGCACUGUUUUCGUAACGGGAGGCCAGUCGUGGGUAGAGCCAUUCAGUGACGCAACUGCCGUGCAGACGCCGGAACUCUGGGUGCCUAGUACGGGACAGUGGACGCAGAUGAAUCCCAUGGCUAUACCAAGAACAUACCACUCCGUUGCUUUGCUCCUCCCCGACGCGACCGUGCUGAACGGUGGAGGUGGACUCUGCGGGAAUUGCGGCACGAAUCACUGGGACGGCGAAAUCUUCGUCCCGCCCUACCUCCUCAAUGCAGAUGGCUCUCGGCGCGCGCGGCCAGGUAUAUCGCAAGCGCCGGGUAGUUUGAAACUGGGUGGGACGUUCAGCGUAACCACCGAUAGAGCAGUCACGGCGUUCAGUUUAGUAAGACUGGGAACGGCGACGCACACGGUGAAUACGGAUCAGAGGCGGGUGCCGUUGACAUUUACGAAGGCUACGACUGGGAAUGUGUACAGUGUUACCUUGCCAGGGGAUGCGGGGGUGGUGCUACCCGGUUAUUGGUAUCUGUUUGCAAUGGAUGGGAGUGGGACGCCGAGUCCGGCCAAGAUUGUGAAGGUGCUACAGUGA